CAAUUUGUCACCUACAUAAACACAAGACCAUGAAUCAGUAUAAUAACACAAAUAAAUAAGAGAUAAAGGCAUAGUAACUCGCCUUAAGUAACAGAACUUAUCAUCUUUGUGAACAUAACAUCUUAAGUCGAUUCAUCUGGUUAUAGCUUCAUUGUUGUAUCGUACAUGGUCAGAUAUAAGCCUACGGAGUGGAGUGACUUUCAUAUAACUGUAUUCCGAGCUGUAACGUAUCAACUCUAAACACAGCGACUCCUCGGGAGCGACUCUGUUGACCGUGAAGAUGCUACCAAUUAUGAAGAUCUUCCUAGUACUUGGGAUGUCAUUAACGAUUGGUUCACAUAUUGUACAAGGGCAACGACUGGAUCAAGCAAUUUUGGUCGUCGAUUUGUUUGAUAGGUUACAAUCGCCGCUCUACCUCGGAAGCACGCUGACUAAUCAGACGAUCUUGGACACUAUAACACCGAAAUGCAGAAAUGAUGUCAACUUUUAUUUUAACGUUAUUGAGAAAGGCCAACCCCUUGCUUUUCUUGAUAUCUUUAGCAUGAUCGAUUCUGACGGCAAGAAGCUUCCAGGUGUCCUCGUUGGUUCACUUUCAUGGCUUGGCUCAUACAGACAAUGUAUGGAGAUCAAGUUUGAAGGAUCUGCCAACUUUACUGAGAAUGGCCAAGAUGUGUACCUACAGGGGAAAUUCAAUGGUCAGUACAUGACUAUUAAGAUAUUCAUAGUCUAUGUUCCAGGUUUUACGACUGAACUUAGUAUCGGAAUGUGUGUACCAGACAGCUGUAGCGAAAGUGACAUCCAGACAUACAUGAGCCAGGGAACUACGUCAGUCAAUGUUCUACAGAUUGAUGAUGGACGGAAGUGGGAUUAUUUCUGGCAGGACACUGGUGCAGUUGUAAUGCUUGUCAUCAUCCUGGUAUUCUUCGCCCUUGUUUUGGUCGCCACUGUUUUUGACAUGGCGUACGUACAGCGAUUGUUAACACAAGAAAAAGAACAAGAGCAUGUGUACAAAGCAUCGAUGAAAAGAGCUGAAGUGAAUAAGGCAUUUGAAGCACAAGAAGCAGCCAUUAAACCUGAGAACACGAGUACCAAUUAUUACGUCGAUAAAGGUUCGGAGGAAUUGAUACCAAACGGAAAAGAGUCGAAUGGGGUGACUGCUAUCGAAAUGAAACAUGUUACCCCAAAUGGUUUUGCAAGGAAUGCAUCUUUGAUUAACAAGCCACCUAAGUAUCAACCGGGCAUACCAUCUCGGCUGUUAAUGUCGUUCUCUGCAUAUACAAAUAUCUGUUCUUUGAUGUCAUUCGACGCUCCAAAAGGCUCAUAUCUCUGUCUUAACGCCAUCAGAUUCCUCUGUAUGUGCUGGAUCGUCCUCGGCCAUGGUUUUCAACUCGGGAUCACUGAUUCUGCAACCGGACUCACUGGCUUAAAUCCUAUUCCAUGGGUUACGGAAUAUUAUACGACAUUCGAGUACAAAGCUUUGACAAACAUGCAGAACGGUGUGGAAGGCUUCUUUCUUCUCAGUGGAUGCCUUAUCACAAUUUCCUUCAUGAAAGCAAUGGCGCGGCAAGGAGGUUCAAUUACGUGCCGACAGAUGUCGCUAUAUUAUUUCCAUAGAUAUUGGAGAUUAACACCAGUGUAUAUGGUAGUUUUGGGAUUCAUGGCAACACUAUGUAUGUACACGGCAAAGGGACCACUGUGGCCAAAGUAUUUGCCUGAUGCUGAAAACUGCCGGAAGAACUGGUGGUGGCAUCUAUUGUACAUCAACAACUUUUACGACUAUUCAACUAACACACAAUAUUGUAUGAGAUGGUCCUGGUAUCUAGCCAAUGAUUUCCAGUUCUACGUAAUAUCACCACUGAUAUUUGUCUUCCUUUACAAGAUUCCUAUUGUUGGUUAUAUCAUAUCCGGGAUUCUUUUUGUUGGAAGUAUUGUUGCCAUAGUAACUCUUCACAUCCUUGGUCUAGCGACAUUUGGUAACGACUAUGUGAAGCCUUGGUCUAGGAUAGGAUCAUACAUUGUCGGGGUCUGGUUGGGAUACAUACUGUGGAAGACAAAAAGCAAAGUGAAAAUGUCGAGGUGGGUGGCAAUGUUAGGAUGGAUAUUCUCUCUGGGUCUAAUAUUUGCCACGACAUUUGGAAACUGGAGGUGUUCAACUUGUACCCCAAUUCCGCAAUGGUUAAAUAUCAUGUUCCUCAGCACGCAAAGGCAAAUGACUGCAGUCGGCAUAGCGUGGAUAGCUUUCGCUUGUAUCACAGGAUAUGGAGGUUAUAUUAACACACUGUUUUCCUGGAAAGGUUGGAUCCCUCUCUCGAGACUUACCUACACGGGGUACCUGAUCCAUCCCUAUUUACAGGUGUACUACAACUACUCCAAGAUGUUUCUUCAGUACAUGAGAGUAUGGCCAGAAAUGGUGUAUAUGUUUUGUGCCUACAUCAUGCUUACGAUUGGUGCAAGUAUUAUAUUGACUCUGGUCUUCGAAAUGCCGUUCCUCAAUCUUGAAAAGAUCAUCAUACCUCCUGCUAAGAAGAAGGACAAAUAACUAAGAACUGUGAUAAACUGUAAAUAAGUGCAAAAAAAGAACGCAUGGAAAGAAUACAUUAUUUAUGUAUAUGUAAUAUGUAAUAAGUUUAUGAUUUAUACAGUCUGUAUAGCGGUUCCAUUGGAACCCGCUUUGGUGGAAUGAGUAAUAACGCCCAAAUAUUAAUACAGGGUUGACCAAAAAAUGUUAAACCUAUUAAUAUUCGAUUACAAUAAGAAUGGAUGACAUUUUUUGGCCCACUCUGUAUUAACACUUUUAAUUCUGCUUAUUACAAUAAUAUUGGCAUGAUCAUAGGAAAGCUUAUCCCUAAUGUCAAAUAUUUAAUUAAACUGAUUUGCCUCAUUCACACACUACUUGCCUCACUCAAAAAUACAUUUUCAUUUUGUUGUUCCUUGUACAGACGAGACAUGUAAAAUGUAUGUAAAAUGAAAAUAAAGCAAAACAUGACAAAAAAGCA